AUGCGGGCCAUCGCCAAAGAGCGAGCUGCGGCAAAGAGCAGCGGCAGCGACAGGGGUAGCAGCAGCAGUGGUGGCGGCAGCGGCAGUAGCAGCAGUAGCAGCAGCAGCAGCAGCGGCAGCAGCAAAGGAGACUGCAGCAACGCCAGCGGUGGUAGUGGCAGCGGAGGCCGCAGCAGCUCUGGCAGCGCCCAGAGCCAGAUGGCGCAGCAGUUCCAGUUGGCGCCCGACGCGGAGGUGGCCGAGAGCCGCGGCGCGGAGGCAGCAGCGGUGGAGGAGGACGACGGCGAGGAGGUGGACGAGAGUGGGGUGGAGCCCAAGGACAUCGAGCUCGUCAUGACCCAGGCCAACGUUCCCCGGGGCCGCGCGGUCAAGGCCCUCAAGGCCAGCGGAGGAGACAUCGUGUCGGCAAUCAUGGAACUCACCAUGUAG